UUCUCCUUGCUGUCUUCAACCUCCUCAUCAACAUCAUGUCAACAUUCAUCGAGCUUCCUACACCGCUGCCAAGUGACUCGAUCGGACCUGGCUACAUCGUCACUGUUCCCUUCAACGACAUCGCCCCUUCAUUCUCUCUCCGCCCGCAACACCAACCAGAGGUACACAUCAAAGAACAAAGCAUCAUCACACAAAAUGCACAUGAUGGGCUCGGGACUACGAAAUUCAUAUCCCAAAGGAAGGAUUCAGUAACCCUAAACGACGAGGACUCCACACAGAUCUCCCUCACCCACCCCCAGGCAUCAUUCAACGACCUCCGCAACGACCCCAAAACACACGCUUCCAUUCGCACAGCAGCAGUCCAGCAUCCCUCUCUAUUCUACGUUACAAGUGUUCGAGUAGUCUCCCCUCUAACCGAGGCCUCGGCAGGCGCGAUCCGCCCGCCCACGCACGUGACAUCCUCCACACCCACAAGCGGCAAAGUUGUCGGCGUCGAGCUCUCAAAAGUCAAAUGCCGCGUUGGAGCUGCUGAUGAGCCGCAUGCGUUGGACGACUUGGAGUAUGAUUGGAGCUAUCAUGCGCUGGAGGAUGGGGUGCAACUCUCGAUCGGGUUGGGGAAAGCGGUAACAGAAGAUGAGAUUAGGGGAUGUGAUGGUGGAGAGAAAGAGGACGAGGUCGAUUGGAUGGAUGAGGGGUGGGAUUAUGAUGAGGACGAUGAUGAGAGUGGGCUGGGUGGGUUUUGAUGUUGGUUUUAGUGUGCUAUGAGAAGGUGUGGUAUUUGCUUCACUAGGGAGCAAAUAUCUCUCACACCGAGCAUGUAAAAGCUACAACUAUUAAAACGCUCAAAAUCGUGAUACAA